GAUUUUGUAAAAUAGCUGAAGAAUGGAAAUGCAAGACCCAACUGAUAUCUUUGGUGAAAAUUUCAAUGUUUCAUGGACGUAUUCAUAUUCAGACAUAAGUAGUGCAGAUCUACUUGCGUCUUGGGAGUUUGUAAUAUAUGUCAUUGGGAUUGUUUUCGGAAGUGUUGCUUUUCUAGGCAAUGUUUUCACAGUCAUUAUUGCAUUAGCUAUGGAAGAAAUACGUGGAAAAUUCAGUAAUUACCAAAUAAUAAGCCUCGCCAUGAAGGAUGCUAUAAUAGGGGGUAUAACAGUUUAUUCCUAUGUAAUUCUAUUGAUACGCCAAUGGCAAAAAAUAUAUUCAAGUAAUUUGGGCAUUAUAGCGAGUAUGCUACUUACUUCAUCUUCACUCACAAUUAUAAUGAUAGCAACAGAACGUUGUUUUGCUAUUAUUGCUCCAUUUCAGCAUAGUCGGUACGUUACAAAAAAGCGAUUGACCAUUAUAAUAGUCAUAGAUUGGUUUGUAACCAUAAGUUUAGCUAUUAUAUUUCCAAUUACAAACAUGGAUAAUGGCAUAUGGGUUGUUCGUGAUUGUGUAAUGCUAUGCGCACCAGUUUUAACAUUUAUCGUAUAUCUUGUGAUUAUUUUAGCUGUGAGGCGACAUGAGACAAAGAUUAAACAAUUAGCCAAUAAUAUAUUCCAGAGAAAGAAAAGAAAUCAAAAUGUUCAAAUGAUAAAGACAUUCACAUUGGUUGCUGGAAUAUUCAUCAUAUGCUACAUUCCGUAUGGUGUAUUUGUACUACAAUAUUACUUAAGCCCAUUUUCAUUAGGACUAUUAAUGGCUGGCAGAAUUUUUGCGACGCUUAUCCCAUUGAAUUCAGCAGCGAACAUGUUUAUUUACUGGUGGCGGAUUCCUGAAUUUCGAAUGGCUUACAUGCGGGUACUCUGUUGUCACAAAAAUAUGGGUUCCACGCUGAAAGGUGUUUAGACCCUACACAUGAAUCAUUUGAGUAUGCAUUUUUAUCUGGUUCAAUAGAAAAUACAUAUUCAUUCAGUCACAAAAGAAUUAAUAAGUGGAGGCCGUGUGUGCUGUUCUUUCAGGCUAUGCCUGGUAACACUGGAUGACACGCAACUAGAUUUGUACAGUUGGAAUGAAUUCUGUCAAUUUUGUUUCUGUGGUUCUUCGACCAAAAAUUGCCUUUCAAAACUCAAAACUCAUUCAAUAUCAGUUACUUUAAAGUCAGGCUCCGGAGGGAAACAAUUUUAUAUGUUGUAGCAAUGAUUUUUCUAAGACAGAAAAAGGUUGUGUGACGAAAAACUGGGAAACGGUGAAUGAGAUACAGAUUUUUGAAUAUUUAAAAACUGGGGGGAAGGGGCGUAACCGCCCUUUUUAACACCAUUUUCCCCCCAGUUUUCAGUGCUACAACAUAUAAUGUUUUCCCCUCCGGAGCCCGACUUUAACUAAUACUUAUCUACCGGUACGUAUUCACUGCUGGUGCAUAACUACUAGGCCUACGUAUCUACUUGGUACGUACCCACUGGUACGUAUCUACUGGUACGUUUCUACUAGUACCUUCCCACUGGAACAAGCAGGAAUUUUUUCAGGCGUGCACUCAACGCACAGCUGCAUGGCUUACUUUAAUUAUAAUAAAUAUUUUUAUAUAUUGUAUCUACUUAUCUUUUUAUUAGGUCUAUUGUCACUUUAAAUGUAUUUUAAAGUGUUUGAUAUGAUGACUGUAUUCAUUUUUUAUUUUAAAAAAUACUCUAUUUAAAUGUUUAUAUAAUAUCUGAAUUGGUGUAUAUAGAAUAAUCGUUUGGAUGCUACUUUGAUAUUAUUUGUCGUUGUCAUGAGGAAAGCCCCUCUCCACAUUAGACCUAUCUUCUACUUUUGAGCAAUCCUGCCACAUGACAAUAUAUUUAUAUUUUUGUAUAAAAUAAUUAUGAUUAUUGAAUGUCAGUCAAUACGAAGUGACGAUACCGUACUUCGAGCGAAUGCUAAUUCGAACGGAUGCCAGUUAGAGCGGAGGCGUUUAGUGUGACCUAUAACAAGAGCGAAUUGUUUUUUUAUAUAUAUAUAAUUUUUGUUUUGUCUUUUUGGUUUUGUUUUUUGUUUUUGUUUUGUUUUUGUUUUUUAUUUUUUGGAACGAGGGGCCCGACAUUUUAGUUUUGUUUUUUUUUUAAAUAUAAUAUAAACCUUAGUUUCAUUCAAUGCGGCCCCGACAGUUUUAAACAUUGAAAAUAGGCCUGGCAUCAUCAUAAGGAUAUCGCUGUCAAAAAAACAGGCUCGAUGAAUUGACCGUAAUCUCAAUUGAAAUAAAAAGGCACGAAGAGAAGGUCGGUUAAAUGCAUAGUUCACAAUGACAAAUUUUGUAUUUUGUGAUUUUCUUCUUUGCAUUGUAUAUAUUUCUCACUAAGAUAGUCUCUCAGUUAUUUACACCUACAUAGAGUACAUAGGCCUAUACCAGUUCCGAAAGUUAGCCCAUGUAUGUUGGUUUUGUCAUCAUAAAAUUGUGUGAAAUAUUUCAACAGUCAUGGACCAUAAUUAUUUUAUGUUCUCUGACAACACAGUUAACAGUUCAUAAAUGCCACAAGCCAUGAGCGCGACAGGGCGAAGCCCCCUUGGACCCCCACCAGGGGCCUCCACCCCCUGGACCGAACGGGGCCUUUCGCGGCCCCCUGGCCUUGAGCGUCUGCUUGUUCGCUUUGAGAACUCAAACUCGCUCUGCUCUCGAAUAUUAGGGCCCCUAAUAACAGUCACCGCCAGGGCCCUACAAACCCCGUGACGCCACUGUACGCCACUGCCAAAUAAGUGUAAGACUAAAAAGAAGAAAACAGCCAAGUUAUAGCAAAUUUGAAUCCGAAGAGGGCGAAAAACUAUCAAUGUUCAGUCAAGAUAAGAAAUUCGGACAAUCAAGUUAAAUGUUUGCAAAACUGGAUUCUUUUUCGCUCGAAAUAAUCGGGAUAGUAAUAUUAAUUUUUUUUUUACUUCUGUGAUAAUAGCAAAUUUGUUGUGCUAAAUUAUAGCGAUAAAUGUAGAGGUACAUUUACUAUGAUACAAAACUAACAAAAAAAAAUUACGGUAUUAUUUCUGAAAAUAUGUUUGAAUGCACAAUUGAACUGUUUAUUUAUGAAAACGGUUUAUUUUAUUUUGGUAGGGAACAAAAUGUCUUAUUGUUAUAUAUUAAUAAC